AUACCAUAUCCAACUUACAAACUGAAAAUUUAGUAGCAGCGAAACUUAGCACCUGUCCAACGUGAGGGGAUAAACAUGCCUAACCUCAUCGCUCUAAGCUGCCCUCGUUCGCUUCCCAAACCUUCGCAAAAAGUUAAUAAUUUGAAACAUUUUCGGUCUAUAGACUGUUGCAGUAUAAGAAAGCAAAGCAAAGCAGGUCUAAAAAGCUCUUGGCCUUCAAUCUCUCUCUCACUUUUUGGUUCUGGCUUCAUUUUGGGUCCCCUUAUUGAUGGACUUCAUUCAAGCGUUGACCUUGUGGUCUACCAAAAUGGAGCAAUAAACAUCGGUCCUCUCCACACGAAUAUAUGGGUCCCUCCUUUGCUGGGAUUGUUCUACUGCACAGUUGGGUUGCUGCAACUCUUCUUGGAUGAGAAGGCUUCUUCAGAAGUUCCCGAGGGAAGCCUGGAAAAAGUGUCUGGGUCUCUGAUAGCAUUGUUACUAUUUAUCGAACUGAGUGCUGAGAUGUAUAAAAAUGGAGUAGCGGACAACAUUGAGGCCUACAUAUUAUUUGCAGCGGCAGAGCUUUUAUGGUUCUCUCUAGACAGGACACGGCUGGGUUUUACCCUGGCAUCUGUCAUUGGCAUAUGCUGCCCCCUAGCUGAAAUUCCCUUGAUGAAGUUCUUCCACCUCUGGUACUACCCACAAGCAAAUGUUGAAAUCUUCGGGCAGGGACUAGUCACUUGGACAGUCACCUGCUAUUUUGUUUACACCCCAUUCCUUGUCAGUUUAUCACGCUGGGUACAAUCAACCAUCGAUGCUACUGAUACAGAGAAGUCUACCUAAGUAGCUGAUCAGGAUUUAUUUCUUUACCAGCAAAAAAUAAAAUAGCCAUAAGCACAUAAAUCGUUAAUCAUGAAAGAAAAUUGUGAGCAAGACAGGAGAAAAGACAAAAGAG